AUGCAACGAUCGUCGAGCACAAGCCGCGUCUCGGCAUACGACUACUACUUGCACGCGCCACCACCUUCAUCUGCAUGGAUGAGGACGCCGUCGUAUGAAGGGCGGAAGGAGCUGCUGCCCCUCCAUGACCCGCUCCCCGGCGCCAUCUCGGAGGCUGCUAAGAGAGAGAGAUUGCGCGCCAAGUUUGCAGAGAAUGCCGUCCAUGUGAUCCCCCUCGUUCUCAUCUUUUGCGCUCUCGUUCUUUGGCUCUUCUCCAAUCCAGAUGUAAACAUAGGAAUUAAAAGCGACUCAAUUGCUGCAAGGAUUGAGGGAUUGACAAUUGAAGGGAGCAUUGACACUGAUACUGAUGGCACUCAGACUGGUUUCUUACCAGCUGUGGAGAUGAAGAACACAAAUAAAAGUUAG